UUUAUAUACAGCAAAUUACUAAUUUGAACAGUGAAUAUCGGUGUAGCUUUUGUUUCAAGGUUAUGGGUUUCUUCUACCACAUUGUUUCCAAAUGCGUACUUAGGGCAUUUAUUAUCCAAUUUUAUUUUUCAUAAUUAAUAACUGCAUUUGAAAUGCAUAAACGUUGUUUUGAAAAUAUUUUGAUAUCCGUUUAAAAUGGGCGCGUAUAACUUUUUUCUGGCAUGUAGUGCUUUCACCUUAUGUUAACAAGUAAUACAUGUGGUAUCCACUAAUUCGUUUAGACACAAGUUUUAGGUGGUAUUCCUUCAUUAGUCUUAUAUUUUGUAAACUUUGUUGGCUAACCAUAAUACGACCUCUCUUGUUUAAUAACAAGUUAAUUAUUCAUAUACAUAUAAGCCCAAACAUAUAUGCAUCCCCUGUGUUUUUCAAUUAUAUAAACUAUAGAGAAUUGACACAAUUUCCUCACAUUUCCCGCGUUCCUGCCAUUUAAUGCUCCAGUCAGCCAGUCGAGUUAUUUUUUCAUCAUAAGCAUUGCUCUGUCGUAUAUGGAGUUCAAAACCACCAUGACUAGAGUUCACAAAUGACUUCUAAUGCUUAAUGAAUAUUCUUUUGUUUUCGGAGAUGCAGCAUAAAAGUUUGGUUUAACUGAUGAUUAUGUUUUAAAUCUUAGUAAAUUCUUUAGUUGAUCUGGCUGCUGCGAUUCGGUUAGAGUUGACACGUGAAACAUCAGUUUUCAAGAGACUAAUGGGGGGACAGUAGCUGAAGAUGCAGCCUGCAAAUUCAAUAACAGUGAUGGAGUUAAAUCCUUUAGUUCAGAUUCUGGACAUGAGUUUGUCACUUCUGGAUGGUUGGUUCAGCAAUGACAAGCAAGAGCGGCUACUGCUUAUUGAAGAAGAAAGCUUUAAGAACCACACUUUGAUGCCCCUUAAUCUGGAAAGUGAGGACAUCAAUCCUGUUCCGCUAGAUGCUGAUCUGACGUGGAUUGCCAAGUGGCCAUCUUGUCACACUCUCAGAGCUCCAAGUCAUUUAAGCAUUCCUGCGACUAUGUGUAUUCCUUUACACGAAUGAAUAACUAGAGAUGUCCACAAAAGGGUAUUGAUGUUAGUGACACCAUUGCUACGAUGAUUCUGGAGCGAAUUACUGUAGCAAACAAAAGUUGAAUUUGAGUUAAUAAUUAGUAUGCUAACUAUCAUCAUGGAAGUUAACAACUCUUAUGAUCAUCAUUGCGAGGACGUUGGGAA